AUGGUCUCUUCCAUCCUCCGCCCCUCCGUCUACGACCCCGUCCAAGCCCGCUGGGGGCUCGACGCCGGCAUCCUCGCCACCUUCUUCGUCUCCGGCCUCAUGCACGAGCUCAUGUUCUACUACCUCACCUUGGCACUUCCCACCGGGGAGGUUACCGCGUUCUUCGUCCUCCACGGGCUGCUCACGGUGGCGGAGAGGAAGGCCCGGAAGGCCGGCUGGUGGCGGCCGCACCCCCUCGUGGCGGCGCCGCUUGCACUCGGGUUGAUCGUCGGCACCGGGUACUGGCUCUUCUUCCCGCCCCUCCUGAGAGGUGGGGCCGACGCGGUGGGGCUGGCGGAGUUUUCUGCUGUGAUGGGAGUUUUCCAAACCCCCUCACUGCCUCCUAGUAUCUCCAAGUUUGGGAUCUCCGACCAUUCGAGCCUAUGGCAGAGAAGGUGCUUGAUCUUACUCUCUCUUAAACCUCCUUCUCAUUAG